AUGAACCCAGCCGUCAAAUAUGAGAUUGUUGCGCAAGGAUUUGGUUGUGAGUCGGCCGUCGUCGAUGCUAUCAACGAAGACAGUGGUAGCAACGGGGAAAAGACGCUUGAGUCACUGAAAGAAACGGUGCGAGGCCUGACGAGCUCCAAAGGGCCGGCGCUGCUCAACCUCAAGGUCUCAGAUCUACCGUAUCACAGUAGCACCAGAGCCAUGGUGGGAAUAAGCAACGAUCCCAACACUAUCGUUGUACCGUACUACGAUAACCUUCCUAGGCCUUACUACCAGAAGUCAAGAACAGAAGCUAGUGAAGCACUGGCUAUCGAUGAGGGGAAGUUCGUGUAG